UUGUCAUAAAAAAAAUAAAAAAAUUUAGGAAAAUGAUUCCUUAACUUUAUAGAGCGAAUAUUCGUUUGUGAAAUUAGGUUUAGGGUUCUAUUUGCAGCCAUAUAUAAAUCCCCUUUUCUCACACACUUCUUCCUCAGUCAUACUCUUUCGCACAAAUCCACAGAAACUCAACUCAAUUUCAAAGAUCAAUCAACAUGGCCGAGCAAACUUUCAUCAUGAUCAAGCCUGAUGGUGUUCAAAGAGGCCUUGUUGGUGAAAUUAUUAGCAGGUUUGAGAAGAAGGGUUUCUACUUGAAAGGUUUGAAAUUCUUGAAUGUGGAGCGUGCUUUUGCUGAGAAGCACUAUGCUGACUUGUCUGCCAAGCCUUUCUUUGGUGGAUUGGUGGAGUACAUCGUCUCUGGCCCUGUUGUUGCCAUGAUUUGGGAGGGAAAGAAUGUUGUCUUAACUGGCCGAAAGAUUAUUGGUGCCACAAACCCAGCUCAAUCUGAGCCUGGAACUAUUCGUGGUGACUUUGCUGUUGAGAUUGGCAGGAACGUUAUUCAUGGAAGUGACUCCGUUGACAGUGCCAACAAGGAAAUUGCAUUGUGGUUCCCUGAGGGUCCUGCUAACUGGCAAAGCAGCCAACACAAAUGGAUCUACGAGUAAAGAUAUAAACCUCAAGUCUAUAAUGAAUGUACUCUAUUUUGAUCAAUUGUUGGAACUUUAUGAGUGUUUGGUGCCUUGGUUUUGAUGUGUUAAGUCUAGUUAUCUUGUGCUUGUUCAAACUCUGUCACAGUCUGAUAUAUCAAAUUUGAACUUAUUUUUGGUUUC